AUGAAACCAAUAAUCUACAUUUCUCUCUUCCUCGCCGCUGGACUUGACAUGACAGCUACCGCCAGACCCCUGCAUUAUCACUACACCCAAACUCACGGACGGGACGAGGUGGCACCCUACAAAUUAAACCAAGAUCACGGUCGUCGGCAUGUCACAAUCUCAACGUAUCACAACAACCAGAACCACGGACGUGACGUGACCGAGUCGAUCAACAUCCGAGAACUUCAGGUGGACGGUGGCUCAUCGUCGUCGUCAUCGUCUCAUGCCACGUUUUCUUCCAUUGUCCGCCAUUUCUGGUCGCUGGGUGGGCCGGAUGGGAUCGUGACUAGCGUGUCGCAUAUCUUUGACCGGUCAUAA